AAUAUUUUUCUCCUCUGCCACAUCAUUACUCCCUACUCGCUUUGCCCUUCUUCCUCCAUCUUCUCUCUUCCAAUCCGAUCUGAUACUCAUAUAUCGAUUCCAUCUCGAACGAUGUCUGCCUCGUCGGAAUUGGAAGAAGCGUGAUUCUCGUUCUCCUCUGCGGCGCAGUUUGCUACCCUUCACAUCAUAGAAGAUGAUGGUCUCUCCGGCGACGGCGACGCCGCAAUCGCAGAAGCAGCAGCUGCCGGGACCCCUUCAGACUCAGACGUCGGAUAAUGACCGGAGUGGCAUCGAGCUUAGGGCCAUGGACUGCAAUCUCGCCUCCCUUUGUGACCACAUUCAGAUGGAGGGUUUUAACUCCGGUGCAUUCUCCGACGUUAUGGUCCAGACCAUGGGUUCUAACUAUCUCCUCCAUCGCCUCAUCCUCUCCCGAAGCUCCUACUUCAGGAACAUGCUUCAUGGUCCAUGGAAGGAGGCAGCUGCUCCAAAAUUGAUCUUGCAAAUAGAUGAUCCUAAUGUUAACUCUGAGGCAAUUAAUAUUGCCUUGGCAUACUUAUAUGGGCACCACCCAAAGCUUAAUGACGAUAAUGCAUUCAGAGUUCUUGCAGCAGCUUCUUUUCUUGACCUUCAGGAUUUGUGUGCAAUCUGUACUGAUUUCAUUAUUUCUGAGCUGUGGACCUCAAACUUUUUGACGUAUCAGGUUUUUGCUGAGAGUCAAGAUUAUGGUAUACAUGGAGAACGUGUCAGAAAUGCAUGUUGGGGGUAUCUUUGUCGAAGUGGGACGAUGGAAUUGAGAGAGGUGCUCCCAAAACUUUCUUCUCAAACUUUACUUGCUCUGCUUACAUCCGAUGAACUAUGGGUGCCUAAUGAGGAGAAAAGGUUUGAACUAGCUUUGUUCGCAUUACUCGCAAAAGGCGCUCUCUCUGAAGCAGACAGUUCUGAACAAGGAAUUCCAGAUUCCGAACUUAAAAUAAACCCCACCGCAUGUUCUUUGCUGAACGAGAAUAUUUUAACUUGUAACAUCCCUGGUCAACAUCUCAUAGAGUUGGGAACAAAACAAAUGAGCAUACAUGAUGGCUCAGAUGGAGGUAAAGCUACUCAAAAUAAUGUGGUUGGGAUUUCAGAUUGCCAUGUUGAUGCUCCUUAUUCUAAGCCUCUGCAACUGCAACAAGCCAUGGUUUCUCAGCCAUGGCUUGAUCCUAGAUAUUCCAUCAACAUGCAGCAAUCAUCUUCUUUGAACUCUACCUCCGACCCUAACUUAAAUAGACAAUCUCGUUCCUACGUCGAAAUUCGAAAUUGCAACGAAGCGAACAAAAUGUAUAGCAGUCAGUUAGCCAUGGAAGGGCCUUCAGGAGAAAGUUCUUGCUACCAAAUAAAUAGUAAUAUCUGGUCUUCUGUUGAUCAUCAAAAUAAAUUCUCUGCUACCUCUUCUACUAAUGUAGCAAGUUCCAAUGAUUGGGGAAGAUGCAAUUCGCCUUGUUUGUGGGGUGGUAGGACAGUAGGUAGAAGACAAGUUAAGAGUUCCAAAGGUAAUUGUGGUGUUCGCCGAGAAGAUUAUGAUGCAUUUCAUAAUAUAUUCGAAGGAGGUUCAAUUUUAUAUUGCAGUAUGUCCUUCGAGGCACUGUUGAGUGUUCGAAAACAACUGGAGGAAUUAGGAUUUCCUUGCAGAGCUGUGAACGAUGGCCUUUGGCUCCAAAUGCUUCUUUGCAAAAGGGUGCAAGAGAUAGCAGCCGAUAAUGGCAAAAAUUGCUGUUUUGCAGAAAUUUUUUGUUCUUGUAGACAGCCUUGUGAAUAUUCUCAUGGAGGUAGUGCUACUGGUUACUGUAAGCAAGGCCAUGAUAGGGGCAAUUCUUCUGGAUGUAUGGGGAAUGUCCACAUGGCAGAGUCUCAAGCUGAAAGCCAUGGCACGUCUGGUCCUGUACGCGUCCAUGUACGGGGUUCCAUUGAUGGCCUCGCUGGCAUAGGGAGAGGAGCAACAUACCCCUCUGGAUCAGCUUGGCCUCCCACCCGCUAUGUAUUUUCGCGUGUUCCUUUUGGACUAGGAAACAGGAAUUGUCAGCAGUCUUUAGCCAAUGAUGAUUCAGAACCUCGAGUUGAUUUUAAUGGUGAUUUAUCAGGGGAUGGCUUGACUGCCCUUGUUAGUCUUAGCCAAGGCAGUAAUUCUGUUAAUGUACAGACUGAACAGACUGAAAGAGUUUAUGAAGAAGAUUUGCAGGGCAGAUUUGCUGGAAAUGCUCGCUUAAGUUCCAAUGCACUCCCAGUUCAGAUUUUAGGAUCAGAUGGGAUAGAUUGUGAAACUACGGAUGGGUCUAUAUCGCUGGAUCAUAAGACACCGCUCCGCGACUUUCCUUCGUUCCGCUUUGGGGUGGAGUUUGAAGAUGUCCAUAGGCUUGCUGAUGGUCAGGUGAAGCAUUCUCCAGAAGUAUUCUAUGCUGGAUCACUGUGGAAGGUCAGCGUCCAGGCUUUCAGCGAUGAGGAUCCUCAAGGACGGCGUACUUUAGGAUUAUUUCUCCAUCGGCGGAAAGCAGAGGUGGCAGAUUCUCUCAGAAAGGUUCAUAUGUUUGUUGACCCCCGCGAAAAGGUGACUGCUCGCUAUCAGUUGAUUUGUCCAUCAAAGAGAAAAGUAAUGGCAUUUGAGAGCUCCAAGCAGGCAGGAACAUUGCUCCCCAAAGCUCCCAAAGGUUGGGGCUGGAGAACCGCACUGCUGUUUGAUGAACUCGGCGAUCUGCUUCAGCAUGGAGCUUUGAGAGUUUCUGCUGUUGUGCAGCUUGUUUGAUGCCUGAUGAGAAGACAUCUCAGACCUGCUGCAACUUCUUCUGAUUGAAUAAAAAGGUAUUUUUUUGGUGUGAACUUGUACGUUUUUAGCUAUAGCUUAUGUUGAUAUUUUGUAAAGUCUUAUAAUUCUGUGAUUGAGGAAAUAAACCAAAAUAAUGUGUUCUGAAUUAUUUAUUCUAUUAUUUUCUUGUUGUUUGAG